AUGUUUGGCGAUGCUGAUCGUGAUAAAAUGAACAAAUUAAAACGUUCAAACAGUCAUGAAUCUAUUCCAUUACAAUCACUAACAACACUUGUACGUUCCAAACCAACCUCGAAUGAUGCCGAUCGUUUAAGUUCAAAUGCUAAAGAUAAUAAUGUAUCAAAAUUACCAUUAAAUGAUGAUAUUGUUUCAUCACCAUAUGAAAACGCAUCAUCAGCCACCAACGUACUUAAUUUGCUACCUCUAGCAUACGGUGGUCUACGAGGAUCGAAAUCUGAACAGGAAUUAACGAUGUCGAUUCCGGAACAACAGCAAACGGUUGCAUUUACAAAAGAUUUAUCGUUGCCGAUGAAUUUUUUAUCUGGUGAAGAAGAUGUAAAAUUAAGAGAAUAUGUAACUUAUCAUAGUCAAGAAAAAGUACCAUAUCGUGGUGAGUUAAUUGUAACCAAAUAUCGAUUAUUGUUUGUUACAAAAUCACCAGAUCCUAUUCAAAUUCUUGUUAACGUUCCAAUAGGAAUGAUAGGUCAGAUAGAAAAAAUCGGUGGACAAACGCGUAGUAAUAUAAGUGAUAGUGCUGCUUAUGGUAUUGGACUUACCUGUAAAGAUCUUCGAUAUAUUUUUUUUGCCAAUAGUAAAGAACAACAUCAACGACGCAAUUUGUUUGAUAAUUUGAAUCGUUUGGCAUUUCCAUUUUCAAUUAGUAAAGGAGAUAUUAAAAAACCACUAGCGUUUUAUAGUUCUUUCUUUGCUUGGAAUUAUAAGCAGAAAAUGUGUCCAAAUGAGAUUGAUGAAGGUUGGAAAUUGUUUAACAAAAUAAAGGAGUAUACAAGAAUGGGUAUUCAACGAACCGGUGAUUCACAUUGGAAAAUCGACACUGAAAUAAAUAAAUAUUAUCAAUUUUGUGAUACAUAUCCUGAUACAAUUGUCAUUCCAUCUAAUUUCGAAGCAUCACGAUUGCAAUAUGUAGCUACUUUUCGUAGUCGAAAUCGCAUACCCGUUCUCAGCUGGUAUUCUAGUUCAACUUUUGCAACAAUAACACGUGCAAGUCAACCGUUGACUGGUCUGAACCGUAAAUGUCAACAUGAUAUUGAUUAUUUACAUGAAAUAGCAAAUACGAAUUUAAGAAAAGGUUCAGAAUUAUUUAUUUUUGAUGCACGUCCUAAAGUAAAUGCCAUAGCCAAUAAAGCACAGGGCGGUGGAUAUGAAGACUAUCCCGAGUGUGGACUCGAAUUUCAAAAUAUACAAAAUAUUCAUGUUAUGAGGGAAAGUCUUAAUAAACUACAUAUUAGUAUGCGAACUGCGCCACAAGACGAUAAAACAUGGUUAAAUGAUUUAGAAAAUUCAAAUUGGUUAUUUCAUAUUCGCGCAAUAUUGACUUCCGCAAAUCGAUUAGUUUCUUUAGUUUUUAAUGAUGAGCGUUCAGUAUUAGUACAUUGUUCAGAUGGAUGGGAUCGAACAGCACAAUUAACGUCAUUAGCAAUGCUGAUGCUCGAUGGAUACUAUCGAACAUUAAAAGGCUUUAUGAUUCUAAUAGAAAAAGAAUGGGUUAGUUUUGGUCAUAAGUUUUUAUGUCGUAUUGGCCAUGGAGACAAAAUCGAAUCCGAACGAUCUCCUGUUUUUAUUCAAUUUCUUGACUGUACAUAUCAGUUAUUACAGCAGUUUCCAUCUGCCUUUGAAAUUAACGAACAAUUAUUAUUAACGAUAGCUGAUUAUUUGUAUUCCUGUCAGUAUGGCACAUUUUUACAAAAUUCUGAAAAACUACGAACAGAUAUGAAAUUAUCUGAACAUACAAUGUCAGUAUGGACACCUAUUUUACGUGAUCGUCAAGCUUAUAUAAACAAAAAUUAUAAUAAAAAUUCCAAUGAAACUUUACUAGUAAAUAGUACCCAUCAAAUCAAAUUAUGGAAAAAUUAUUAUUGCCGUUAUUAUCAAUAA